AUCAGAUGAAUUGGCAAAAGAUGGACGUAAAGCAAUUCUUGUGGGUGAAGAAUGGAGAGAGAAUGCCUGGAGUUCUUCUCAUCAUUCUGUCUCUCAACCCAUUAUGGUGCAGAAGCGACCAGGUCAAGGCUACAAUGGGACUGGAGAGACGAGCUCAGUGCUGUCCCCACGCUCAGAGGGGGGUGGUCUUGGUGUGAGUAUGGUGGAGUAUGUCCUCAGCUCUUCCCCAGGAGACAAGAUGGAUGGUCGCUACAGGAAUGGAGGCUAUGGUGAAGCAGAUGCAGAUCCAGAUGGAAGAGAAAAGGGAGAAUCAAAAGAGAAAUCUUCACCUUUUGAAGAAAACAAAAGUUCUGAGGUGAAAGUUGGAGAUGAAGGGGAUACCUCAAAAGCAAAUGCCAGGGGAUUGCUCAAUGGACUGGACCGAGAUUGCAAAGACUUCAACCCCAUUCCAGGUAGUCGCCAGGCAUCCCCCACAGAAGGAGUAGAACGGCUUGGACCCAGUCAGGCUGGGCUGGAAAUAAUGGCACAGCACCACCAGCACACUCUGCAGGCACCCAACCUUGUUACAAACAAACCUCCUCCCGAGGACUUCCAGAGUCAGGAAGCCCAGAACAUGGGUGGCAUGGAGCAGCAGGCGAGCUUGGAGUCACUUCAGUUUGACUAUGGUGGAAAUCAGAUCCAGUUGGACUCAUCAGGUGCUCCAGUCGGCCUAUUUGACUACAACUCUCAACAACAGUUGUUCCAGAGAUCCGGUCAUCUCACAGUUCAGCAGCUGAAUGCAGCUCAGCAACAACAGUAUGCCCUUGCUGCAGCCCAACAGCAACACCUUGGCCUUGCACCUACAUUUGUGCCAAACCCUUACAUCAUCAAUGCUGCCCCUCCUGGAGCAGACCCCUACACUGCUGCAGGAUUAGCAGCAGCUGCAACACUUGCAGGUCCAGCUGUAGUUCCUCCCCAGUACUAUGGAGUCCCUUGGGGUGUGUAUCCUGCCAAUCUCUUCCAACAACAAGCUACAGCUGCUGCCAGUCAUUCUACCAACCAGCAGGCAUCCAGUCAGGGUCCAGGGCCAGGGCAACAGGUGAUUCGAGCAGGGACCAAUCAACGACCUUUAACUCCAGGACAGAGCCAACAGAGUCAGCAGGAGUCCCUUGCUGCUGCUGCCACAAACCCAACACUGGCCUUUCCAGGCAUGCCAGGUUACCAGGUUCUAGCGCCGGCUGCUUAUUAUGAUCAGACUGGUGCAUUGGUCAUGGGUCCUGGAACUCGCACUGGUCUGGGUGGACCUGUUCGACUGGUCCAAGCCCCUCUCCUCAUCAACCCAGCAGCAGCACAAGCUGCUGCAGCUGCAUCUGUAUCAGGCUCUGGUAAUAGUAUGUCUGGUCCUGCUAAUGGUCUGUACCGAUCCAUGGCAUGCCAACAACCCCAGCAGCCUCAACCCCAGCAGCAGCUGCCUCCACCUUCCAGCGGUCUGCCUUCAAACUCCUUCUAUGGCUCUGGUUCAGUAGCACCCAGUUCCCAGAGUAGCUCACUUUUCUCCCAUACAAGUGCAGCUCCUCCACCUAGCACCUCUCUUGGUUUCAGCAGCACUAGUGGAUCUUUGGGUGUUGGAUUAGGCUCUGCUCUUGGUGCAUUUGGUUCCUCAGUGUCAAGUUCAACUAACAGCAGCGCAGUUCGUCGGGACUCACUUUUGGCCAGUUCGGACCUGUAUAAGCGGGGUGGUGGUAGCAGCUUGACUCCCAUUGGCCAAUCUUUUUACAACAGUCUUGGAUACUCCUCCUCUCCCAGCCCCAUUGGACUGACACCUGGUCACUCACCUCUGACACCUCCACCCUCUCUACCCUCCUCGCAUGGAUCAUCAUCCAGUCUUCAUCUAGGUGGUUUGCCCAAUGGUAGUGGCCGUUAUUUUUCUGCUGCUCCAGGAGCAGAAGCCAAAUACAGAAGCUCGGGCAGUACCUCCAGUCUUUUUAGCUCUAGCAGUCAACUCUUCCCCCCUCCACGAGCUCGAUACAGCCGGUCAGAUGUCAUGCCUUCAGGUCGCAGCCGCUUACUGGAGGAUUUCCGAAAUAACCGUUUUCCUAACCUGCAACUACGAGACUUGCCUGGACACAUGGUGGAGUUCUCUCAAGAUCAGCAUGGGUCCAGGUUUAUCCAGCAAAAGUUGGAGCGUGCAACAUCUGCAGAGAGACAAAUGGUGUUUGGGGAAAUUCUACAAGCUGCUUACCAACUCAUGACUGAUGUUUUUGGCAACUAUGUCAUACAGAAGUUCUUUGAGUUUGGCAGUGCAGAUCAGAAACUAGCACUGGCUACUCGUAUCCGUGGCCAUGUGCUGCCACUUGCUCUGCAGAUGUAUGGUUGUCGUGUGAUCCAGAAAGCUCUGGAAUCCAUCUCCUCUGACCAGCAGAGUGACAUUGUCCGAGAGUUGGAUGGUCAUGUUCUGAAGUGUGUGAAGGAUCAGAAUGGAAAUCACGUGGUACAGAAAUGUAUAGAGUGUGUCCAGCCCCAGGCUCUUCAGUUCAUCAUUGAUGCCUUUCAGGGCCAGGUGUUUGUUUUGUCCACUCAUCCAUAUGGAUGCAGGGUGAUACAGCGUAUCCUGGAGCAUUGUACUCAGGAACAAACCUUGCCCAUCCUGGAAGAACUCCACCAGCACUCUGAGCAGUUGGGACAGAAGUAUCAAGGUGUUUCAUUGGAGAUGACCCCCAAAACAUAUUAUACAGUGUCCAGCGAUGCACUGUUCAAGGAUCAGUAUGGUAACUAUGUUAUCCAGCAUGUUUUGGAGCAUGGUCGACCAGAAGAUAAGAGCAAGAUAGUGGCAGAGGUCAGAGGGAAGGUUCUGGCCCUGAGUCAGCAUAAAUUUGCAAGCAAUGUUGUGGAGAAGUGUGUGAUUCAUUCAUCCCGGGCAGAGAGGGCCCUGCUCAUCGAUGAAGUAUGCUGUCAAAAGGAUGGCCCUCACAGUGCUCUCUACACCAUGAUGAAGGACCAGUAUGCAAAUUAUGUUGUUCAAAGAAUGAUUGACAUGGCUGAGCCUGCCCAGCGUAAGAUCAUUAUGCACAAGAUUCGGCCACAUAUUGCCACUCUUCGGAAAUAUACAUAUGGAAAGCACAUCCUGGCUAAGCUGGAAAAGUACUACAUGAAGAGUGGAUCAGACCUAGGCCCUAUUGGGGGCCCUACUAAUGGCCUAAUGUAGGGACCUUUAACCUUGCCUCAUUCUAAACAUGCAAUGUUAAUUAUGGGCAUCUUCACCUCAAUGGAGUUAUCUGUUAUACUCCAUAGGAGGGUCACCAAAAAAAAAAAAAAAAAAAAACAAAAGCAAGGAAAAGAAGUAAGCUUUAAUGAAAGAGACAGCAAAAUUUUAUCAGUCCCUUGUACAGUCUGUUGUUACCACUUCUACUCUCACCAGAGUUUGUGGUCUGUUGGUUAUUUCCCGGGUAAGGCACAACUCCUUUGUUUAUGAUGUAAUUGAUGUAACUGACUGUUUUUCUAGUAAACAUUUUGUAAUUUUUUUUUUAACCUUGUACAUUUUCUGUAAAAAAGACAUGCAGAAAAUUUACAGUUCUUACAAUGAACACCAGCAAGUGACUUUAUAAAGCCAAACUGAAUAAUACUUUUUAACAUUUUUUUUUUAAUCCAGACUUCUAAAUGGCAUUUAAGAUGUUACUAAUGGGCCCUAUUUUCGCACAAUGAUACGUAUGCCAAAGCUGCUAAUAAAAAAAAAAUUAUAAUAGUAAACCAAUCAGCUUAAUCUUUACAAAUUGGUUUGUCAGCCACAAGUUAUUUAUGCUGAUAUUUAUAUAUCCUAGUUUAAUCAAUUAUAUUGUGGCUGUUUUUUAUUUUAUUUUAUUUUAUUCAUGUGGAUACGAUAUUUUACUUACAGCUCCUUUUUUUAAGAUGUGUAGUUGCAAUAUGUUAUUCACCCCACUGGUUCCACACGUGUCUUGGUUUACUACUAUGUUUUUUGUGUGAAAUCUGAGGGCACUUGUGCUUCUGCAUUUUUACAUUGCUAUUGGACUGAUAGCAUAGCAGACAGGUGAAAACUGGGAUACUUUUUCCAUGUUUAGAGUGUGUGAAUGUCUGAAGGGCCAGGAAAUAUUUGGCAGAUAUUGAUUUCAUAUUUUGACAAACAAUUUUAUUUGUAAUCAUGUUUGUGUAACACCAAGUAGCUUUUUGAACACUGCCCUAGAAACAGUAUAGUUAUGUACUAAUUAUCAUCUUUUUACAUUAUGAUAGCUAAAGCAAAGUGUACAGCAUUUUUAUGUACAAGUAAAUAUUAUAUUUCUGUGUUUUGGGUGUGGGUGGAGACUGUACUUGAGUGUUGACACUCUUCUGACCAGAGACAAGAGUUAGGUUUCUGUUUCUGUCUUUAGUGUCAAGCCAAAAUACUUGACUUCUGAGCAAGUAUAAAAGAAUUGAUUAAUGAAUGUCAAGCAAAUGGACAGCAUUUUGUGAUGUAGAGUGAUCAUUUGCAGAAGUAUACGAUUUCACAAAACGGACAUAAUCUUUCUGUAUGGUUAAUAUAUUAAUGGCUUUCAUUAUCUUGCUUCAUAUGAAUGAAUGUAGAAUACAUGUAGUUUAUGUGGAGUUAAGUGUAAGUUUAUUAGUUAAAUAGAAGAAAAAAAACUAGUGGUGUUGGAUAGGCCUUGCUGAAUUGCAUAGUGAUUUGCUUUUAUUUCAUCUGUACAGAUGUACAUUUGUAAACGUAAAUGCUGUAAAUGGAAUGUCUUUUACACUUUUUGGAAAAUAAAUAAAAUAGCAAAAUGUGCAUUUUGAUGUUUAAAUAUUCAUCACUCCCUUUGAAUAUAAUGUGUAUACAGUUUUCUUUGAUCAAGUGUUUUUUAUGCAUCAAUCUCAAGAUGGUUUUGUUUUUAAUCAUUUCUUGGAAAAGGUCAGCCUUUUUAUGUACCUGGUGCAAUGUCACCUGUUUGACUGUCAUUUUGACUUGUGGCAGUUGAAAAAAAAAAAAAAAGUUAAUGAAUAAAAGGAAACAUGGGGCAGUGUUUGGUCCUACCUGCCACCAUGGAAAUUUCACAAUGACACAAUAAUUAUUUUUGUAUGAAUCAAUGCUGUAUUUUGGAGCAGCUACAAACUUGUAAGCAAAGUAAUUGUAAGAUAUUGUCAAUUAUAUAAAUAUGAACAUAUGAGUUUUGUCACACCGUCAAAUCAUGUACAUAUUCAGGUGGCCUUAUGUACAUUUCCAGAAAUUAGAUGAGAAAUUGUUAUUAUUAUUUUUAAGUUUUCAAGCUGAAUUGUGACUAUGUAUGAUUAAACUGUUCUUCUAACAUUUGA